UUCGGAACCAUUUCUAAAGGACUCGACAGGGCCACAGGAGGAGAGCUUCCUUGUUGACGGAGAUCUCUGGCUGGUGAUGGAAUACAUGGAUGGAGGAACUUUGCAGGACGUUGUCAGACAGACACACAUGCUGAAGGAGAGAUGGCAGCUGUCAGUCGGAAGUGUCUGCAGGGCCUGGAUUUCCUCCAUGGGAACCGGGUGAUCCACAGAGAUCUGAAGAGCUCCAACAUCCUUCUGGGAAUGGACGGCUCUGUCAAGCUGGCUGAUUUUGGCCUCUGCGCUCAGCUCAGCCCUGAGCAGGACCAGCACAGCUCCAUGGUGGGCACUGCUCACUGGAUGGCCCCAGAAGUUGUCACCAGUUCUCCUUAUGGCCCCAAGGUAGACAUCUGGUCCUUUGGCAUUGUGACCAUCGAGAUGGUGGAAGGAGAACCUCCUUACUUCAAGGAAACGAGGGCCAUGGUAAGAGGCAAAUUCUGCAGUGGUUGCAGAGGCCUGGACCCGAUUGAACUGGCGUACCAGCCCUGGAGCAUUCUGAUGGAACUGCUGAUGGCUCAGCCUGGCCUGCUCGACUAUACUCGGCUGGCCUCCUAG